UCGCAGUUUCCUCUCCUUGUUUUGCUUUCGAUCUGGACUGUUCUCAGGCAAGCCGGGGAGUAACUUUUAGUUUUGUUCCUGCGAUUAUUCAACUGACGGGCUUUCAUUUCCAUUUUACACACCCUAACAACACUUACACCUUGCGGGAUUGUAUUGGUAGCGUGAAAAAAAGCACACUGAGAGACGGAAAAUGCCGGGGUUCAUAAAUAUUAAUACCGAUUUUUGGAGGAAGAGUCGGCGCAGUUAUGGAUCAUCUGAUUUUAGGGGAAGCAGGGUCUGCUGCUGUUGCUGCUGGUACUGGGGCUGCUGAGGCUGCAAGGAGGAGGAGGAGGUAGAGAGGGAGGAGGAGGGUACCAUGCCGGUGGAAAGGAUGCGAAUGCGCCCAUGGCUGGAGGAACAGAUAAAUUCAAAUACAAUACCGGGGCUAAAGUGGCUGAAUAAGGAAAAGAAGAUUUUCCAGAUCCCCUGGAUGCAUGCAGCUAGACACGGGUGGGAUGUGGAAAAAGAUGCGCCGCUCUUCAGAAACUGGGCGAUCCACACAGGAAAGCAUCAGCCAGGAGUAGAUAAACCUGAUCCAAAAACAUGGAAAGCAAAUUUUCGAUGUGCCAUGAAUUCCUUGCCUGAUAUCGAAGAAGUGAAAGAUAGAAGUAUAAAGAAAGGAAACAAUGCCUUCAGAGUGUACCGGAUGUUGCCCUUAUCUGAACGGCCUUCCAAGAAAGGAAAGAAACCAAAGACGGAGAAAGAAGAGCGAGUUAAGCACAUCAAGCAAGAACCAGUUGAGUCAUCUUUGGGGCUUAGUAAUGGAGUAAGUGACCUUUCUCCUGAGUAUGCGGUCCUGACUUCAGCUAUAAAAAAUGAAGUGGAUAGUACGGUGAACAUCAUAGUUGUAGGACAGUCCCACCUGGACAGCACCAUUGAAGAUCAAGAGAUUGUCACCAAUCCGCCAGACAUUUGCCAAGUUGUGGAAGUGACCACAGAGAGCGAUGAGCAGCCAGUCAGCAUGAGCGAGCUGUACCCUCUCCAGAUUUCUCCUGUGUCUUCCUACGCAGAAAGCGAAACCACCGACAGUGUGCCUAGCGAUGAGGAAAGUGCCGAGGGGAGACCACACUGGCGGAAGAGGAACAUUGAAGGCAAGCAGUACCUUAGCAACAUGGGGACACGGAGCACCUACCUGCUGCCCAGCAUGGCGACCUUUGUCACUUCCAACAAGCCAGACCUGCAGGUUACCAUCAAAGAGGAGAGCUGUCCGAUGCCUUACAACAGCUCCUGGCCCCCGUUUACAGACCUCCCCCUCCCUGCCCCAGUGACCCCCACACCCAGCAGCAGUCGGCCCGACCGAGAGACCCGGGCCAGCGUCAUCAAGAAGACGUCUGAUGUCACCCAGGCGCGUGUCAAGAGCUGCUAAGCUUUGACUCUCUGGUGGUUGUUGGGAUUUCUUAGCUUUGUGUUGUUAUUUGUUUGUAUUUUAUUUUUCUCUCUGAUAUCUAUCUUAGACAAAUCUAAGGGAAAAAGCCUUGAUAAUAGGAUAUUGAUUGUUGUGUCCAACUCCAGGGCUAGAGCUUCUUUUUAACUCAGGACUCCAGCCCCUUGGUAGACGCAUAUCUCUAGAACCUGCUGGAUCUCCCAGGGCUACUCCCUCAAGUUCAUGGACCAACAGCCACACGGGCAGUGGAGGUGCUGCGUUGCCUACGGUCAAGGCCAGCAUGGUGGAGUGGAUGCCUCAGAAUGGACGAGAAAAUGUGAACUAGCUGGAAUUUUUUAUUCUUGUGAAUAUGUACAUAAGGCAGUACUAGCAACAUUGCGGUCUGCUUCUGCACCUUAUCUUGAAGCACUUACAAUAGGCCUUCUUGUGAUCUUGCUCUUCUUCACAGCACACUCGGCAUCCCCUUCUGUGCCCAUGACCUCACUACCCACCCAUCCCCAACCCAUCCAUUCCCAGCUCACUACCCACCCUCCCCUCUCCAACCCUUGCAAUCCCAUUGCACACCCCCUCCCUCCCCAACCAUCCAAUCCGAGCCCACACUCAGCCCUCCCUUUCCAACCCAUUGAAUCCCAGCCCGCUCCACCCCACAUUCCUCAGCCCAUCCAAUCCCACACCCACCACACCCUCCCCAACCAUCCAAUCCCAGCCCAUACCCACCCUUCCCUCGCCCAGUUCCUUUCCCCUUUUCUCUCCUCAAAGGCGAUGUUCCACAUCUUGGAAGAGGAGGAAAAGAAAUUUAAUUUCUCCACAGCUGUCCCAUUUUAAGACUGCUUGAAAAAAAUCUUUCUAAUCUGCUAUGCUUGAACGCCACGCGGUACAAAGGAAAGCUGUCAUGGAAAUAUUAUGCAAAUUCCCAGAUUUGAAGACGAAAAUACUCUAAUUCUAACCAGAGCAAGCUUUUUUAUUUUUUAUACAGGGGAAUAUUUUAUUCAAGGUAAAAUUCUAAAUAAAAUAUAAUUGUUUUUUAUCUUUUCUACAGCAAAUUUAUAAUUUUAAGAUUCCUUUUCUUGUUUAUCAGCAGUUGUUAUUACUUCCUUGUGGCACAUUUUUUUUUUUAAUUUUGUAAAGGUGAAAAAAAAACUUUUAUGAGCUCAUGUAGCAAUGAAAUUAUCCUGUGGAUUGAUAAUAAAUGAAUAUGGUAUAUAGUUAAAUUUUUUAA